UUAGAGGAGGAAAACAAGAAAAGAAAAUUCUGAACCAAUGGACUGGAGACAUAGUACAAGAGAUGACCAGAGGCUGCGGACAUAGUACAAGAGAUGACCAGAGACUGCGGACAGUACAGGAGAUGACCAGAGACUGCGGACAUAGUACAGGAGAUGGCCAGAGACUGCGGACAUAGUACAAGAGAUGACCAGAGACUGCGGACAUGGUACAGGACGAUGACCAGAGGCUACGGACAUAGUACAGGAGAUGACCAGAGACUGCGGACAUGGUACAGGAGAUGGCCAGAGACUGCGGACAUAGUACAGGAGAUGACCAGAGACUACGGACAUAGUACAGGAGAUGGCCAGAGACUGCGGACAUACUACAGGAGAUGAUCAGAG